UUUUACACGCUGGUUCCUUUCGGUAGGAAUGAGCUCCUGUCUCCUCUGAAAGACAGUGAUGAGGUAAAGUCGCUGUGGGUCAACAUUGACUUGGCUCUUUUGUCCAGGAUUCCAGAGCGUUUGCCCGAAGAGCCGCUGGCCAUGAGCGCCGGAGCAAACCAGGCGGCCAGCCUCCCGCAGGGUAGUAGUGCUGACCCCCCCGCAGAGAAGGGUUUACCGAAAUCUAGAAGGAAACGCAAGUGUGAGAAUGAGGAAGAGUGCAGAGACAUCAAGAAGACUCAUUUAGAGAGAGAGGGUUCUUCACGAUUACCUGCCUCUGCCCAUAGCAUCACAACAGCAAAUCACUGCAAUAUGAAUGAAAACAGCUUGGCAAUACCAAUAAAUAAAAAUGAGAAAAUGCUUCGGUCACCCGUCUCUCCCCUCUCUGAUGCAUCAAAACACAAAUACUCCAACGAUGAUUUAACUUCCUCCAGCAGACCUAAUGGCAGCAGUCUAUUACCUUCCAUCUCCUCCAGCAAAAAACAUAAGGGUGAAAUCCAGUCACAGCCACAUCCCGGAGACUUCAAUAAAGCAAUUCACAUCAAUUCAGAAAAUGUUCUUUGCAAUAAGCCCCAGUCCCAAACAGAGCCUUGGUCACCUCUGUCCAGCACACCCAGGGACUGCAGAAGGACAAAGCUUAUCUUCGAUGAUAUGCCACGCAAUGCAGAUUACUUUAUGCAGGAAGCUAAACGGAAGAAGCAUAAAGCAGAUGCAAUGGUGGAAAAGUUUGGAAAGGCACUGAAUUAUGCAGAAGCAGCACUAUCGUUUAUUGAGUGUGGAAAUGCAAUGGAACAAGGCCCAAUGGAAUCUAAAUCCCCUUAUACAAUGUAUUCAGAAACAGUUGAACUCAUCAGGUAUGCAGUGAGACUAAAAACCCACUCAGGCGCCAGCGCCACGCCAGAAGACAAACAGCUGGCAGCAUUAUGUUACCGCUGCCUGGCCCUUCUGUACUGGAGGAUGUUUCGACUCAAGAGAGACCAUGCGGUCAAGUAUUCGAAAGCGCUUAUUGAGUAUUUCAAGAAUUCAUCAAAAGCUGCCCAGAACCCAUCACCUUGGGGUGCCAGUGGGAAGAGCACAGGAACUCCAUCACCCAUGUCCCCUAGCCCUUCUCCAGUCAGCUCUGUAGGAUCCCAGGGGAGCACAGGGGCCCCUUCCCCAUCUCCUAUCAUCAACAUCCCGCAGCGCAUUCAUCAGAUGGCCGCCAACCACGUCAGCAUCACCAACAGCAUCCUGCACAGCUAUGACUACUGGGAGAUGGCUGACAACCUGGCCAAGGAAAACAGAGAUUUUUUUAACGACUUGGAUGCGUUGAUGGGACCUAUCACCUUGCACAGCAGUAUGGAGCAUUUAGUUCAGUACACUCAACAAGGACUUCACUGGGUGCGGAACAGCGCUCACUUGUCAUAAUGACUGUGUGCCAUUCACAUGGACAGUAUAACUUUCAUGGAUAAUUCAGUUAUUCUGGACACUGUGCUACAGAAAUAGUCAACCACAGCAUUGAUCCAAACAGAGGUGAAUAUUUCUUCAAUAUUGAGCAAAAUUUUUCUGAAUGUAGACAUGUAUGUGUGCAUAUGUACAAUAUACAAUGAUGUCUCUUCAGAAUGAAUUGUUCUGUACCACUCUCCAAACAUUUUCAUACACUAGAAAUACUGGAAAGAACUGAUCUUAAUGCAUGAAACAUACCCUUUCUGUUCUUGUGCUGAAAAACUCAGAAACCAAAAUCUCGUCAGUUGAUUGAACCAAGUGCAAUAAGCACAGAUCCCUAUUCAGGAAAGAUCUCAACAGAUUGUUAACUUUAAGCUUGUACUGAAAUCCCAUUGACUUCAGCAGAGCUUAAGUACAUACACAAGGGCUUUCCUGAACUGGAAUGAAUGAGGGCAAAUCAUAGACAAGGAGAACUUUUACUGCGAGCAUGGACACGUCACAGAAGUUUCAAUGUUAACGUGCCAUCUCCCUGUUACUUCCCCACUGGGGCACACAGAGGAGUUGUGUAGUCCGCAUUAAGUUGG